AUGAUAUCUACAACUGCACCCAAAUUGAAAGUACUCAUCCUAGGAGCCGGCAUUGCGGGGCCAUGUCUCGCGUAUUGGCUCUGUAGGACUCGUCUCAAUACGUCGAUCAAAGUGAUCGAAAAAUCACCUGUUCCGAGAGCCAAUGGGCAAGCCAUCGAUAUUCAUGGUGCUGCCGUUGAAAUUACCAAGAAAAUGAAAUUGGAAGAAGAGAUUCGCGCUCGGUCUACUACUGAAAAGGGUACGAUGAUGUUGAGUUCAUUUGGGAAACCAAUUGCAACGUUUCCUGCUGGUGAUAACUUUUACUUCGGAUUACGAGAUUUUGAGGGCAGAUUUAUCAGAGCUCUUUUGGAGGCUUUGCGGAAGUUUGAGAAUGUGGAAUAUGUGUACGGUGAUUUUGUCAAAACUGUAGAACAGAAGGAGGGUGGUGUUGAUGUGACAUUCAAUGGGGGCUCAGAAGACACAUUUGAUUUAGUUGUUGGUGCAGAUGGGGCCACUUCGAAGAUUGAUGGUGCUUAUAUACUUGCCGGAGAAGUAUCGAAGAUACAAAGUAGCCAUGAUAUUCCAAAGGCGUUGCAGAGAUACGAGGAAGUAUUUCGACCGGUUUAUAAGAAGAUGGGGAAUCUUCCUUGGGGGUUUCAUCAGAUUGCUAUGCCGCAAACUAGAUGGGGUAUGCGGGUUAGAGACUCGAUUAUUUGGUUUGUGGGUAAGACGAAGAUUCAUAGGCUUCUUUCGAAUGAUCAGGGGGGUCUGAUCAUGAGUUACCGGUGUAUAAAUGGGUAG